AUGUAUCAACAAAAGCCGUCGAGAAAUAAUUAUGCAAAAAUUGCUUGCAAUGAAUGCAUGAAGUCAAAGAGAAAAUGUGAAACCAAUUCUUCAUAUGAACAAUGUAAAAGAUGUUCAUAUAAAAAUUUAGAAUGCAUUUAUUCUCCGUCAAAAAAACGUGGGCCAAAACCAAGGCGAAACACUUUUGAAUUUAUUACAGAUUUUCAAAGCGAAGGAGAUUUUAGUCAACAGGUAUCAGGAUUAAGCAAAGAAACUAUUUUCGAAAACGAUAUUGUAUUUGGUCUUCAUCCAUUAGAAGAAAUCAGGCCAGCAUUAUCAGACAGAUGUGCUUAUUGCUAUGAGCAAAAAAAAGCAUGCGUACAUAAUGGAAUACCAGGAAAGUUCAGGUGUGAGAGAUGUCGAAAGAGAAAAACAGUGUGUUUGAUUCAAUGCAUAGAGUGUUAUAAAAAGAAUAAAGACAAAAAAGAGAAGAUUCCUCAAUGCAAUAAUUGCAAAAUGACUACUGAAGGUAAGAAAUAUACCGUUUUUGUGCCCUAG